UCCAUUCUCCGCCCUCUCCGCGCUUCCGGUGGCCUGGCCUAUGCUGGCGGCGACUACAUGCCCGCUCGCGGUGGUAGUGCGCGCUUGGUCAGAGGAUCCCUAAAACCGGUGUCCGUGACCCUGCUCCCCGACACCGAGCAGCCUCCAUUUCUUGGACGAGCCCGCCGUCCAGGGAAUGCCAGAGCAGGAUCCCUAGUGACCGGAUAUCAUGAGGUCGGCCAGAUGCCAGCGCCGCUUUCCCGAAAGAUUGGGCAAAAAAAGCAGCGACUGGCAGAUUCAGAGCAGCAGCAGACGCCUAAAGAGAGACUCCUGUCGACCCCGGGCCUCCGGCGCAGUGUCUACUUCUCCAGCCCAGAGGACCAUUCUGGCCGGCUAGGACCAGAGUUUUUUGACCAGCCAGCAGUCACCCUAGCCCGUGCAUUUCUGGGUCAGGUCCUUGUCCGGCGACUCGCUGAUGGAACAGAACUCCGUGGGCGCAUUGUGGAGACUGAGGCAUACUUGGGACCAGAAGAUGAAGCUGCUCACUCAAGGGGUGGCCGGCAGACCCCCCGUAACCGUGGCAUGUUCAUGAAACCUGGGACUCUGUAUGUGUACCUCAUCUAUGGCAUGUACUUCUGCUUGAACGUCUCUAGUCAAGGGGCUGGGGCUUGUGUCUUGCUAAGAGCACUCGAGCCUCUGGAGGGCCUGGAGACCAUGCGGCAGCUUCGUAACUCCCUCCGGAAAAGCACUGUCAGCCGUUCCCUCAAGGACCGUGAACUCUGUAGUGGUCCCUCCAAGCUGUGCCAGGCCCUGGCCAUUGAUAAGAGCUUUGACCAGCGAGACCUGGCUCAAGAUGACGCUGUGUGGCUGGAGCAUGCCCCUCUCGAGUCCAGUAGCUCAGCUGUGGUGGCAGCAGCCCGCAUAGGUAUUGGUCAUGCAGGGGAGUGGACACAGAAGCCCCUGCGCUUCUACGUCCAGGGAAGCCCAUGGGUCAGUGUGGUAGACAGAGUGGCUGAACAGAUAGGUCAGCCUCAGCAAACAGCCUGACCUGAGGGGUUUUUAAUUGUUCAAAAGUAAAAUAAAUAUCCUGUUUGUAGAGAACUGUCCCCAAGUCCUAGCCAGAAUUUGUGUUCAUGCAGUUAAUUCUUUAUCCGGGUCAGGAAACUGGGUUACCCAGUAUGUAUAGCAACAGAGAGGAAGAACAUCAACGUGCAGGUGUAUACACCUAGGAACAGAAUGAACUGAACAAGCGUGUUUAGACACUCUCUACGGCAGCUCCACAAGGGGCCGGCCAGAAAGGGAUGAGAAGGACAUAACCUGUAUGUGUAUAAAGAAAGGACUUAGACUCUGAAGACACAUCCUGGGGGCUGGAGAGAUGGCUCAGUGGUUAAGAGCACUGACUGCUCUUAACCAGAGGUCCCUAGUUCAAUUCCCACCAACCACAUGGUGGCUCACAACCAUCCGUAGUGGCAUGUAAUGCCUUCUUCUGGUGUCUGAAGACAGCAACAGUGUACUCACAUAUGUUAAAUAAAUACAUCUUUAAAAUAAAACCGACCCACCCUGGAAGCCCUUCUCCAGCUCAGCAGGGUUAAGCUGCCAUAAGGACCAGAUUGAAGAGGGAGACUGGUGGGUAGGAGAGAGAGCAAUGGCUAACAGUGCUUCCUGCUCUUCUGCUCUAUUCCCAGCCCCACACCCUAUGGCUCACAACCUCUGUAACUCUACCUCCAAGGCACGCUUUCUGCUGACCUCUGAGGGCACACAACA